CCUAAAAAUAAUUUAACACAAAGCACACGAGGACACACACUAAACUACACACAAAAAAACAUAAAAAAAAUACAUAGCAAAAACCUUUAAAAAAAAUAUUACAAUAGUUUUUAGUUAAUAGAAAGAUAAACAAAAUAUGGCAGAGGAACCAGAAGUUGUCGAGACCGCGGAGGCAGCUGCAACCGAAAUGCCUGCACUUGCCCCUGCGGUUUCGUUUCAUUCUGCGCCUAAGCCUGAAGAGAUCACCCAGGCAGGAGAGCCGGUAGAGGAUUCUAGUUUGGAUGUGGAGAUCAUUCCAUUGGAUGCAGCUGUGGCGGAAUCUUCAAAGGAUGGAGAGGACCAAGGUGAUGGUACAAAAUUAAUUGACUCCGGCAAGGAUAAGACUCCUGAGGCAAGUGAUAGCUCUGUCAUCCUUUCACCGGAAGAACUCAGGAUGAGAAAGAGGCAACAACGCAGGGAUCGCUUGAAGAAAAUCAUGACCAAUCGCUUUGUUUUGGAGGGAAGUAGCGAAAGAUUAGUGGUCUUUCGAGAGGAGGUCUUUACAAAGGAGGACGAUUCGUUAAAGGACUUUGUUCUUGAGGAUCCGGAAACGAUUGUGGCCAAUUUCUAUGAACCCGAGCUGGACGUCUUGGACGUUUUGGAAGAUCCUGCCAUAGAAAUGCCACAAAUUUAUGAUGCUUUGCCAGACUUUUCUGAUGCCCUCGGGGAUGAGGCACUCGAAGACAUUUUCGAACGCGAAUUAACUCCUCCAAAUGAUGAGGACAUGUCACAUGAUGCCAUCAGUAUUAUUUCCACCAAAUCAGGAAAAGAUCCGGACACUGUCAAGCAAAAAGCAUUGUUUCUUCAGGACUUUGAUUUGCCCAGUUUGUCCGACAUCUCCGAGGAGCACCUAGCGGCACAACUAUCGCGGAUAAAGUCCGUGGCCAGUAUUGGUAUGGAGCUUAGGGAUCAAGGAUCGUUUGUUAAUCCACUAACUGGAGAGAUAUUGAGCACCAGCUCUACCAGCUCCUCUUCCAGCAUCGAAUUCGGUUCGGACAACGAGGAGCACGCCCGCGAUGCCGGCUCUGACGUUUCACUUGAUCUGUCCGACAUACCGGAGUUUCCAGAGUCGUCACAACCACUUGCGCCACAGUCAGCCCUGACAUUCGCCGAGUUCACUCUAAGUUUUAGGGCCUCCCAUUUCCCCGAUGAACAAGAAACCGAAGAUCCCCUUACGAAAAUGAUCGAAUUGGAGAAGAUAACAACUGAUUUUCUCAAUGAUCUAUUGAAAGAAGUAGUCGUGGGGGUGGAGGUUCGCAACUACGAAAACCUUCUCCGGCGCAGGUUCGACAAAAGGAAGUUGAUAAGAGAGUUAAAAUCAAUCACCAAUACACACAUACUCGAAAAGAAUAUGAACUUGAUGCUAAAUACUCGAAUGCACGAGUACUAUAAGCGCCUCAAGAACACUCGGGUGUUUGCCAAGCUUUCGGCCGUAGAUGAGAUAAACUUCUAUACCCGAUACAUGGAUGCCCUGGCCGUACUAGACCAUCUUAAGAAGAAGCUCGAGAUGUCCAAGUUGCAACAUGGCAUCCAGUUGAGCAAAGUCCUCUUCGAUCUCCACUCGGCCCAGCAGGUUACCUCCUUCAUGGAGGAUCGCCUGGAAAAGACUGUGCGCAAGACCCUAAUUAAGCCGGACAGAGAUCAACUGGCUCGGAUCGUGGAAAUGAAUUUGCGGGCCAUAGCAUCCAAGCGGAGGGAGCUCAGUGACACCAGGCUCUUUCUGAUAACCCGCAAACACACCCUGGGUAACAUCAUGAAGAAAAUCCAUGAGUUGGAUACAGUAACUGCGAACUUGGCAAUCAAGGACUUUAUAGCCAUUCAAAAUGACACGGUAGCCAUAGAAAAGAAAAUAGAGGAACGGCAUUCCGAGUUGAAAAAGAUGCGUCACCAGUACCUCAACGACAUCCACCUCCUCCAGCACAAUCGGGAAAAGACUUCGGCACUGGAAGACAAACUGCAGACAAUGAAGGAUGACCUGAAGAUAUCCCAGGAGCACCAGCGCAGUUUGCGGGCCAGACUGUAUGAGGUGAAGCUGGAAAGGACCAAACUGCGCAAAAGACACAAGGAUUUGGCGUACAAGGGUGGCAUCCUGUCGAUGCCAGCUCUUAUGCAUGAGUAUGACCAUACCGUGGACAAGCUGAAGGAGAAAGCCGAGAAGGUGCAGAAGCUCAAGGAAUCCAUGAAGGCGAUUACUAAGCGCAUCAGCUACUACGAACACGGAGUAGGACACAGUCUUUAAAAAAUAGAAAUACAAUAAAACAUUGAAAACUAAAAACUUGAAA